CUGUUGUUGGUUCCGGGUGAAAGGAAAGCUUAUGUGACAGGCAAACCUGGAUUUCGUGUUGAACCACACGGGGACAGGACCCUCCACUCCCCUUCGGGGCUCAGAACUUAACAGCCUGUCACAAACCAGUAGGUACGCAAUUUAGAAAUAGUCGCUUUUUACCGAGCGUAGUAAAAAAAGAAAAGUUUCGGGAAAACAGCCAGAUUGAGCUUUCCGUUUCAGGGCAGCGAUCACGAACACCCCGUGUUACCCAACGUUUACAUGAUUUAGUGUAUUCUGUCGAUUAGAAAGGGUGGGAUUUCAGUGCACGUACUGUAGUUUAUCUUCAGGGCAAGAUGAAGGUUCGCUUGCAGAACAGGUGCAGGGUGGGAGGAGCGACGACCACAGGACUGCUCAGCCUUCCUAGUUCGGCCAUAAUUCAGUCUUGAUGUCGGCAUGCAGAGGCAGUUGGAUCAGGCAGCUCUGCUGACCCCGUAAGAACGGAGAUCGUGUUUGGACGAGAGCCUCUUUGCAGGUGUCCGCAUAUUCCUGGCCGAGUACCUUCUUUUGAUGGACCCGUUGCCAAGGCGAAGUUGAAACGGUUCUGAUGGAGGUGGCCCAGAAUUUCAAUUGUAUGGCAGCCUCCAGGGUCAGUGUCUUCCUCGGUGUGUUCCACAUGGCAGCUGCUCGAGCCAUUCUUCUCCUUCUCUGUCUUGGUCUCUUUCUGCUGUCCACAGAUGCAGCAUGGUGCCAAGUGAACAGAGCUGUGUUUGGUGCGUCUCUGAGAGGUGGGAACUGGCGACCUCUGUCUUCUCUGAAACUGACACAUGCUAGUGGGAAUGGAUUGUGCAGCCAGGCUUGCUGUGAGAAACCAGGUUGUGACGCAGCAUGGACCCUUAGAGGGCGCUGUGUUCUUUUAGCAUGCUUAAAUCCAGGACAGUGUGAACCAGAAAGGACUUGGCACCAGUACUCCCUGGUGGAAAUGGUGUCCCGCAGCAUGUACAGAAAAAAGGCUUUUCACAAUUUUCGUACGGGAGAAAAAAAGAUGAAAAGAAUGAAGAGAAAUGCCAGCUCAUCACAGCCCUCAGCUGGCAAGUCUUCUAAAGAGGCAGUUCCCUCGCCAAAGCCAACUCGUGUUGUGCUGUCAUCCAGUCCUGUAGCCCUUGGUUUGUCAGACAACAGCACACAGCCCCUCCCACCCGGUGGGAGUAAAGAAGAUCUUCCAAAUCCGUUGGAUCAUAAUUCCACUGCGUCAGACUCAGCUGCUGCUGGGCCAUUUAGCAACACUAGCACUACCACUGGAGAAUCUACUGAAGCCUCAUCUCCCACUACUACCCCUGCUGGAGCUACCACUCAGCCAGUCCCUCGGCAACUGAUUGUGUCUGCAGGUGAAAACAUUGAGGUCACUUUACCCAAAAAUGAAGUGGAACUCAAUGCGUUUGCAGUCCCAGAGCCUACAGAAGGAAUGACUUAUACAUUUGAUUGGCGAUUGAUCACCCAUCCCAAAGAUUACAGUGGUGUGAUGGAGGGCAAGCAUGGCAAGACCUUGAAACUGAGCAAGCUGACUGAGGGGCUUUAUGAGUUCAAAGUGAUAGCAGAAGGUGAUGGAGCCAGAGGAGAAGGCUUUGUCAACGUAACUGUGAAUCCAGAGCCACGAGUAAAUCAGCCUCCCAAAGCUGUCGUCUCACCCAAGUUUCAGGAAAUCUCUCUGCCCACCAGCUCGACAGUCAUCGAUGGCAGUCAGAGUACUGACGAUGAUAAGAUAGUAUCCUACCACUGGGAAGAAGUGAAGGGUCCACUCAGGGAAGAAAAGGUCUCUGCAGAGACACCUAUCCUCGAGCUGGUCAAACUAGUGCCAGGCAACUACACUUUCAGUCUCACGGUGGUCGAUUCCGAUGGUGCCAGUGACUCUGCUCUGGCUAGUCUCACAGUGAACAAAGCAGUGGAUUACCCUCCUGUGGCCAAUGCUGGGCCGAAUCAAGUGAUCACUCUACCCCAGAAUUCGAUAACACUUUAUGGCAACCAGAGCACAGAUGACCAUGGGUUAGUGGCAUAUGAGUGGUCCUUGAGUCCCCAAAGUAAAGGCAAGGUGGUGGAGAUGCAGGGUGUACGGACCUCCACAUUGCAACUCUCAGCUAUGCAGGAGGGAGACUAUACAUUUCAGCUGACAGUCACAGACUCCGCUGGGCAGCAGUCCACAGCAGAGGUGACUGUAAUUGUCCAGCCAGAAAAUAACAAACCCCCUCUUGCUAAUGCUGGUCCAGAGAAAGAGCUGACCUUACCUGUGGACAGCACCACACUGGAUGCAAGCAAAAGUCACGAUGACCAAAAGAUUGUAUCUUACCACUGGGAACAAACCAGGGGACCCGAAGGAGCAAAAAUCGAGAAUGCAGACAGUGCUGUUGCUACGGUGACCGGCUUGCAAGUGGGGACAUACACGUUCACAUUAACUGUACGAGAUGAGCGCAACCUGCAGGGCACAGAUAGUGUGAGCAUCAUUGUCAAAGAAGAGCUGAAUCAGCCUCCAGUGGCAAAGAUCUCUGGUAGCAUUGUGGUAACCCUGCCUGUCAAUACAGCUGUUCUUGAUGGCUCCAAAUCAGCAGAUGAUAAGGGAAUAGUAAGCUACUUGUGGACCCGGGAUGAAGCAAGUCCUGCUGCUGGGAAAGUGCUUAACAAUUCAGAUCACCAGGCAGUAUUGUUCUUGACUGAUCUCGUGGAGGGGACAUACAGGUUUAAACUUCAAGUGACUGAUGCCAAGAGGGAAAGUAGCACUGACCAGGCAACCAUAGAAGUUCGCCCAGACCCUCACCACUCUGACUUGGUGGAGAUGAUUCUGGACGUGACAGUGGGUCAAAUGACAGAGAGGCAAAAGGGCAUGUUAAUCCGUCAGAUAGGGGUCUUGCUGGGAGUCCUUGACAGUGACAUCACUGUACAAAUAAUCCAGGCAUUUACGGAACAGAGCACCCAAAUUGUGUUUUUUGUACACAAUGGCCCAGGUCAUCCACCUCUGAAGGGAUCAGAAAUUGCUUUAAUGCUUCGCAGUAAACUUUGGAAACAAAAAGCAGACUUUUUGAUAUUCCGAGCUCGGCAGGUUGACACAGUGGCCUGCCAGCGGAACUGCUCUGAGCACGGCCAUUGCGAUUCAUUCACCAAGCACUGUGUGUGCGAUCCCUUCUGGAUGGAGAAUCUGCUCCGCGUACAGCUUGGCGAUGGCGAGAGUAACUGUGACUGGAGUGUGCUUUAUGUCUCCAUCGCCUUUUUCCUCAUUGUGGUCACCGCAGGGGUGCUGGCCUGGGGAGCUGUGUGCUGCUGUCGCAGGAGAAAAGGAAAGUCAAAGCGGAAAAGUAAAUACAAAAUUUUGAAUGGGACAGAUGACCAGGAAAGCAUGCAGUUAAAGCCAGCAUCUAAAGGAGGAGGCCGCUUGAAAUCUCCAACACAAAUGCAUACAAGCCUCAUGCACUCUGAUUCAGAGUUGGACAGUGAUGAAACCAUUUUUACUUGGCCUGACCGCGAAAAGGGCAAGCUACUUCGAAACGAAAAUGGCUCAGUCCGGAAUGGACAAGGACCUUUAAAGGGUAUAAAACAGACCAGGGAAGAGCUUUUAUAGCCUCUUGAAUGGCACCCCUCUACGCACAGGACUACUGCCGGACACCAGCAAAGGGGGGCCUGCCAAGGUGAAAAAGCCUCAUUGACUGCAUACACCUUUCCUGAAAUGCACUGUCAGGUCUGAAGUGCUGAAUUAAGGAGCUCGGCAUUUUCACCUGUCUUGGAUCCUUGGGACAACAGUGGAAAGUUUAACAGAGAAAGGACACCUGCUGAACCCCAGCUCUGGACUAAAUGGUGUCAACUGACAUGGAGCCUCUAGUUCACCAGUGUAGAUCUGAGAAGUAGUCAAGUCACCGUUGGCUUUACAGCAUAUUUGGGGAGCCAGCAGCAAGGUGCCCGGGUCACAGCGCACUUCUCUGUUCUCCACAUUUUUAAGAGGCUUUAUGAAUGCAUGGGGUUGCCCUUCCUGCCUCCACUGCUUUCGUUGUGACCUUGCAUAUAUGGAGUGACUGGUUCCUCCCUGUUGCUCCUGCAUUUUAGCAGGGGGUGUUGUCUGCACCUUUAUUAUUUUGAAGUUAUAAUUUAGCAUUUCCCAUGUUGCUUUUGUUUUAGUUGCCAUAUGCUUUUAAUUUAUUUGAAUAAUCAGGGUAUUUUCUUUUUUUUUUACAUUUUUAAUUGACCCCUACUGAAUGUUACUGACUCAGUUGCCAUUUCUGUCUCUUCUACUGUUACACAAGAAUAAAACACUAAGUUAAGUUACUUCAAGCUGUUUUUCUAGAAAGCAGGAAGCAAUCAGAAAUGUAGCAAUUGUGUCACUUUUGAGAGAAAUGUGUUUUAGUGCAAAACUGGACUUUUAAAAGCUGCUAUGGAUAUUAAUUAGACUGUUGAAAGAAUUGAUUACCUGAACUGGAAAAAGGAGAGCAGGUCUGAGAUCACUGGAUUUAAAUAACUGGAUGUGUCCACACAGGGACACACACACACACACACACACACAUUUGGACACAUGCUUUGUGCACGAGAGGGCACUGCAAUGCACUGACCAUUCUUGUAAGUUGCAGUCAUAUUGCAGGACUCUUCAUUUCCCCCUGACGCUUAAUACAGUUUCUUCCCCAAGAGUGGUCUUCUCUGCUGUGUACACUUCAUGUGCUGCAAAAGACAGUAAAAUGUAUAUCAAUGUUAAACCAUUACUCAGAUUGUGCUUGAAUGAGAGAGCUGAUGUGUGCUGCUGGAUGACACUUGGCUUUCAUUUUACGGAGACUCUUCUACCACUUUGGAGAAGCCAUCAGAAUUUUUCAAUUUCUUUCAGUAGCCAUCCUGCCAGAAUCUGCUUGCAGACCAUGACUCUGUGAAUUCUGACCUGGAGCUUGUCGCACCCAAGCAGCACAUCUCAGUUCUCUUUGCAACAGCAGAUGCAAAGAAAUAACCUGUGAUUUUAUAUUUUUAUGUUUAAAAAAAUGAAAGAAAAUCAUUAUUGUUGCAUUCACUGGACAAUUUAAGGAACUGUGAAUUAGUGUCUUCUGUUGUUAACAGGAGAUGUUUACUGAAGAUACUGGAAAUUUUUCUCUCAUCUGCACUCCAUUUAUCUCCAGCACAAUUCUUUUGUUUCCCUUUUUUAAUGACGAAUGUCCGUGUUACUGUGAUCAAAUCAGAAUUUAAAGCUAUUGCUUUUGAAUUGUAUUUUCUGCUAAUUAAAAGAAUGUUUGAUAUGCUUUUUUGAAU